GCAUGCCGAGCAAAGGGGGCGUGGCCCAAGAUGGCCGCCUCCAGGCGGUCGUGGUCUCCUCGGGAGUAAGCCCGGCUCCCUGCCUGCCCGGAGCCCCCUUCCUUCCCGGAGGGAAUCCCUGGAUCGAGGCCGGGGCGACUCCUCGCCGAGGAGGGCAUGGAAAUGUCCCUGGAGGAGCCAUGGAGUGGUCUCCAUGCCCACCUGACCUUCCUGUGGCUGAACCGAUUUUACCUCUACUCCUGUGCUGCUUUAGGGAUCAGUCUUUGGAUCUGCCUCCAGUUGCUCCUUAAAUCCAAAAAGCAGGAUGGGAAUCACCUUAGGAAAGAAAGCCUUCCAGAAGUCACAGAUGAUCAACAAGGACAGAAGGAACCUCAGGUUCUUAACAAAGUCCAUGUCAGUGGGGUGAAGAUUUUUUAUGGCUCCCAAACAGGAACAGCAAAGAGGUUUGCCUUCAUCCUUACUGAGGCGAUCUCUUCCACGAACCUGCCGGCUGAAGUUGUUGACAUGAGGGAUUAUGAUCCAGACGAUUCCCUAAUAGAUGAGGCAAGCAGCCAGAACAUCUGCGUGUUCUUAGUUGCCACUUACACCGAUGGGAAGCCGACGGAGAAUGCAGCAUGGUUUUGCAAGUGGCUGGAAGAGGCAGCUAACGAUUUUAGAGUCGGCAAAACAUAUCUGAAGGGUCUGAGAUACGCUGUAUUUGGACUGGGGAAUUCCUUGUACGCCGAUCACUACAACAUCGUGAGCCGCAACGUUGACAAAUGGCUGUGGAUGCUGGGGGCCCAGCGGGUCUUGUCCUGCGCCCGAGGGGACGCCAACGUGGCCAGGAGCAAGCACGGCAGCCUCGAGGCCGACUUUGAAGCCUGGAAGGGACAGUUCCUGGCCAGGCUCCGGGCCUUGUGCGCCGGGGAGAGAAAGGCCUGCAGCGGGAAGUGCAAGAAAGGCCGGUGCAGAUCCCAGCGGAAGGCGAGCCGGGCGGUGUCGGAGCAGGAUCCGGGGACGUCCGAGCACGAGGAGAAAGAGGAAGAGGAGCUCUUUGAAACCACAAGCGAGGAAGAAUCAGGCAGUGAUGAAGGCGAUAGCCAUCAGGUCAUUGACGUUGAAGACCUGGGCAAGGUGAUGCGCCAAAUGAAGAAAGCCCAGAAAGAGCAGGAUCUCGACAACGAGGCCGCCGGGUUGGCCGGAUCCCCCUGGAGUGGAAGAGAGGAGGAGCGGAGGGAAAUGAUCACGCCGGCUCUCCGAGAGGCCCUCACCAAGCAAGGUUACAGGUUGAUUGGGAGCCAUUCUGGAGUGAAACUGUGCCGGUGGACAAAGUCGAUGCUUCGCGGGCGCGGCGGCUGCUACAAGCACACCUUCUACGGCAUCGAGAGCCACCGCUGUAUGGAGACCACGCCCAGCUUGGCCUGCGCCAAUAAAUGCGUCUUCUGUUGGAGGCAUCACACAAAUCCCGUGGGCACGGAAUGGCGGUGGAAGAUGGACCCUCCGGAAAAUAUUUUGCAGGAGGCGCUCGAGAACCACCAGAACUUGAUCAAGCAGUUUAAAGGCGUCCCCGGUGUGAGAGCCGACCGCUUAGAGGAAGGAAUGGAGGCCAAGCAUUGCGCCCUUUCUCUGGUGGGGGAGCCGAUCAUGUACCCCCAGAUCAACCAGUUCCUAAGGCUGCUGCAUCGCCGUAACAUUUCAAGCUUUUUGGUUACAAACGCCCAGUUCCCAGAGGAAAUCAGGAACCUUGAGCCGGUCACCCAGCUCUACGUCAGCGUGGACGCCAGCACAAAAGACAGCUUGAAGAGGAUUGACCGGCCCAUCUUCAGGGACUUCUGGCAGAGGUUCUUGGACAGCCUCCGAGCCUUGUCUGAAAAGCAACAACGCACGGUCUACAGACUGACACUGGUGAAAGCCUGGAACGUGGAUGAGCUGAAAGGUUAUUCUGACCUGGUGUCUCUGGGCAAGCCGGAUUUCAUCGAGGUCAAGGGUGUGACGUACUGUGGGGAGAGCUCGGCCAGCAACCUCACCCUGGCCAACGUCCCGUGGCACGAAGAGGUGACCCACUUUGUCCGGGAGUUGGUGGCCCUCCUUCCGGACUACGAAAUUGCCUGUGAACAUGAGCAUUCCAACUGCCUCUUGAUUGCCCACAAGAAGUUCAAGAUCCACGGGGUGUGGCACACCUGGAUUGACUACGCUCGCUUCCAGGAUCUGGCCCGCCGCUACGAAGAGAGUGGCGGGGCCCAGAAGUUCACCGCGGCCGAUUACGUGGCCCCCACCCCGCCCUGGGCUGUCUUCGGGGCAGAAGAAAGGGGGUUUGACCCAACAGACACCCGGUUUCAACGCAAGAACAGAACAAAGGACAUCUCAGGGUGCUGACCGCCUUUGAAACUGGACUUUCUUGAACCACACGCUAGAUAGCUUUAGGGGAGUUCCGAGUUUUUUUACACUAGGUGUCAGGGGGAAAAAGAAAAAGAGAAAACUCAACUUUGAUCAUCAUAAUAUAAAUUUAGGAAGCCUGUCUCUCCUUUGAUUUUAUUUUAGUGGGUAAGUUUUGUUUCAGUCUAUCAGAAGACACAGGUAUUGACGUGCUUUUCCUAAAGGCAGGUGGACGCAAUGGACUUGUCUCCUUUUUUGAGUCAAGAUAACUCCGGUAGGCGUCACUUCCACCUUUUUUCUGCGUCUUUCUGUCUAGGUCAGUGUGGUCUUGGAAACUGGCUGUUCCUUUUUAUCUCUGAUUCAGAGGUGGUGAACGAUUCACCUGCCAGAUUUUUCUUGCAUUGAUUCCCAGAAAGCAUAGCCAGUAUGAGUUUUUUUAAUCCAAACCAUCUGGAGAAACACAGUUUGGAGCCUGAGGACUCUAAAAUCUUCUUUAAAGCAUAAUAUUGGCCUCGUUAAUAAAAACUUAAUUUUCUUGGGAUUCCCGAGAACACAGGAUCAGUAUUUUUAUCAGCUUGAACCCAGUCUUGUCUAACUCCCCCCAGGUUAAUUCUUUGGUUCUUUUUAAGAAUGUUGCUUUGACAUCGCCAACGAAUAAUCUGAAGGUGGGACAUUUCUGGUUCUUGGUCACUAAUCUUACCUUCAAAAACCUCUUCCCCGUUCCUAACAUUUGUAAUGAAUUGUGCUUUUUGUGGGUCAAAGAAAAGACACACCUUGUUGUGCUCCAGAGAAAAGAUAAGAAGAAAAUAUAAUGAAGUGACUUGAAAGCCCUCCUUAAGUCAAUACCAAAUAAAAAUGUUGAUGGUGUGAUUUCCCUUAGUCAUCAACAUAAAGACA